GCUCACGGACUGUGUGGUAAUGAGAGAUCCAAACACCAAACGCUCCAGAGGCUUUGGGUUUGUCACGUACUCUACGGUGGAGGAAGUGGAUGCAGCCAUGAAUGCAAGGCCACAUAAGGUGGAUGGAAGAGUUGUGGAACCAAAGAGGGCUGUCUCAAGAGAAGACUCUCAAAGACCAGGUGCCCACUUAACUGUGAAAAAGAUCUUUGUUGGUGGCAUUAAAGAAGACACUGAAGAACAUCACCUAAGAGAUUAUUUUGAGCAGUAUGGGAAGAUUGAAGUAAUUGAAAUCAUGACUGACCGAGGCAGUGGCAAGAAGAGAGGCUUUGCUUUUGUAACCUUUGACGACCAUGACUCUGUGGAUAAGAUUGUCAUUCAGAAGUACCAUACUGUGAAUGGCCACAACUGUGACGUAAGAAAAGCCCUGUCUAAACAGGAGAUGGCCAGUGCUUCAUCCAGCCAAAGAGGUCGAAGUGGUUCUGGAAACUUUGGUGGUGGUCGCGGAGGUGGUUUUGGUGGGAAUGACAACUUUGGUCGAGGAGGAAACUUCAGUGGUCGCGGUGGCUUUGGUGGCAGCCGAGGUGGUGGUGGAUAUGGUGGCAGUGGGGAUGGCUAUAAUGGAUUUGGUAAUGAUGGAAGCAAUUUUGGAGGUGGCGGAAGCUACAAUGAUUUUGGCAGUUACAACAAUCAGUCUUCAAAUUUUGGACCCAUGAAGGGAGGAAACUUUGGAGGCAGAAGCUCUGGCCCUUAUGGUGGUGGAGGCCAAUACUUUGCCAAACCACGAAACCAAGGUGGCUAUGGCGGUUCCAGCAGCAGCAGUAGUUAUGGCAGUGGCAGAAGGUUUUAAUUAUCACCGGGAAACAAAGCUUAGCAGGAGAGGAGAGCCAGAGAAGUGACAGGGAAGCUACAGGUUACAACAGAUUUGUGAACUCAGCCAAGCACAGUGGUGGCAGGGCCUAGCUGCUACAAAGAAAACAUGUUUUAGACAAUACUCAUGUGUAUGGGCAAAAAAAAACACGAGGACUGUAUUUGUGACUAAUUGUAUAACAGGUUAUUUUAGUUUCUGUUCUGUGGAAAGUGUAAAGCAUUCCAACAAAGGGUUUUAAUGUAGAUUUUUUUUUUU